GGAGAGUCGUUGAGAGAAGAAGCGACAAGGCUUCCCUCUUCUAGGGAAGAUGGCUGAUCCUCAAUUCGAGGCAUUUAAACUCAUCUUUGACAAGAUGCCUCAACAUAUCAAGGCUCCCACGGACUGUUACAGUUUCCUGUCACGACAUGCAGUGCAGUGACCCAUCGGUACUUGAUGGAUAGCUCAUGACAUCGAGCUGAUUUCUGUGGAAGACAUGAACAAACAAUCUGUCGUCACGCCAGUCGAAGACUGUCGUCUGCCGUCACCUGUAGCUGACAACGAGCUGGUAAUUUCGGUCAAUCAUGCCUGUGAGAUGAUGAAGGAGCUCACGACAAGCACAAAGGUUGACAGGCGACGGAGAAAGCUUCCAGCGAUUCCAGCUAACAAGAAACCUCUAGGCAAGCUCUCCCGGCAUGCCGGCUCACUAGCAGAAGAGAUCAGGGCCACGGAGCAGGACACUCCACCCUGUGCUUCCGAAUCUGCUCCGACCAAAUUGAUCCGGCAGGUGUCGGACAGGCUAUACCUUGAGAUCGACACCUCUGGAUCCCAGCCCAAGUCGUGCCUCAGGCUGUACGACAAGUCCCAGGGCAGCGGGUGCCACUCGGGGGGCAGCCUGAGUCCCGAGGAGUCCCGGUCGAGGCUGAGCCUGGACACGGGCGUGGACAGUGGCAACUCCACCGCACACUCCCCGGACGGAGCCAAGUCCCUGUCGCCCGUUGGCAACGGGAGCCCACUGUCUGCGAGCAGCCCCAGCUCGACGACGACCACCUCGGGUGGCGGCGUGCUCCAACUCCACGAUGCCACCCACCGCGGUCUGCACCGGUUCAUCCCCAGGCACAGCGAUGAGGUGGCCAUAGACAUUGGCGACCCCGUGUACGUCAGCAAAGAGGCGGACGACGCCUGGUGCGAGGGUGUGAACCUGAGGACGGGAGCUGCGGGCAUUUUUCCGAGUGCAUACGUCAUGGACGUGGACUACACAGACUUUGCCUCUGAGGGUCAGCAGCCCCAUAAGGAACGUUACCUGCUGGACUUCUUGGGCUCUGUGGAGGUGUCCUGUCACAAGGGGAGUGAAGUGUUCUGCCAGGCCAUUCGCAAGGUUGCCAAGGCGAUUGCUUCUGAAGUUGGAGUGCACGGAUCUCAUCCCUGCGUCCUGGAGAUCACGGACCAGGGACUCAGGAUGGUGGACCGGGGCCGGCCAUCGCCAAAUCAUGUGCCAAUGCAUGACUACUUCUUCAACCUUAAGAAUGUUACGUUCUGCGGGUACCACCCCACAGACCACAAGUAUUUUGGGUUUAUCACCAAGCAUCCCUUGCGGGAACGGUUCGCUUGUCACGUGUUCAGGGCCGAAGGAUCGACGAGGGAAGUUGCCGAGGCUGUAGGUCGGGCCUUCCGGAGGUUCUACCAGAAGUUUGUGGAGAUGGCGUACCCCGUCGAAGACAUCUACAUCGAGUGAAGCGGUGCGGGGUCUCCGGACGCACAUCCGCCCCCGCUUUGGAUCGCCGGCCGUCUUCGAAGAAAGGCUUCCACUUUUUCGUUCCCGUACUCACCGACACGCACGUUCAAAGUGACCACUAGAGCCGCCAAAUAUGCUCCAGAGCAUCGACUCUCCGUCCCCCUCGUGGGCACCGCCAUUUUGUUGCCUAAUUCAAAAGGGGGACAAACAGACCGAUCUCGAGAACCAGUUUCGUUACGCCGCCGCUGCCGGCAGGCGUCCUGGGAAUACAGAUCCAGUAGGGAGUUUUAGAGUGAUGCACGCAAUUUCAUUGCAUGCUAAUGUUAAAUUUAGCGCUUACAUUGGCGCACGUACGCAAUUCAUGAAAUAUUUAGAAUAGCGUUCCUUCGCCGCGACAUAAAAACGAAAGCAUCUCGAGCUUGCAACACCACCGAGAUACAGUAACAAUUUUUAUGUCAUGCACAAAACACUGUAACUUGAGAAAAAAAAAGAAAAAAAGUUUCUUUGUCCAGAGUGACAUUUCAGAUUUGUUUAAAUGUUACCUUAAUAUCCGAGAGAUAGCCCACCUAAUAUCAAAAGCAAAUCGGGUGAAAAAAAGGAGUAGGCUAACUUUCGGUGUGCGAUAAAAAAAGUUAGAAAAACGCUAGCUUUAGAUUUUGUGACCUGCGAAACUCGUGAUCGCAGGGAGGAGCAAUGAACCAAGGACGACUGUUGUUCCCAGUCAGCAAUGUUCGCGGUUAUCUCCUGCCGUGGCUAAGUAACACCAUUUCUGCCGAGGUACCCUUUGCACAAUGCCCUGCGGUUUACUAGAAGUGUUCUAUCUUUCGGUGUUUUUGGAAAAAUAGCAAAUCAUACCAAAAAUGGUAUAGUGGGUUAUCUUUCAAGGGGUGGGUCAUCCCUCAAGAUAUUAUGGUAGGAUGCGACACAAGCUGUAGACCGGUCGUGUUCGCUCACAAUGCCUCGGCAAGAGAGGUCUCAUGUACGGACCUUCGCACACCGUACCUUCGUUAGAAAACAUUCGCGCGUCACAAGCUGCAAGUUGCCGGCGAUCGUCGCCCACCUUGCUGGGUCUUCCAACUGGUUUGUGACGUUCGCCUCCUGUAAACAACGUCGUCCUGUAUUGAAAAUCGCAGUCGCACGGAUGCUGCUGACGGCAAGCUCACGACAACACAAAUCCUUCUUGUGAAAAAUCCAGACACACCUUGCGUACGUGCACACUUUCCAAAAAAUGGCGUACGCUAAAAUAGCGUACGCAAAGUGAAAAAUGCAGUUAGCGUUUGGCGCACGCGCAGUGGCGGCAACGCCAUUCUUUGCGUGUGCAAAGCCUUUGUGCACGCUAUUCUAAAACUCCCCUGUGUCAAGGAAGCUCAGACAUCACCAUUUUGCUCUCUUGAGAACUGUUAACAUUUCUAGAGGACAGAAAGUCAUUGAAUUCAGUUUAAGUGUCGGAUAACUGGCAACAGUGAUCUCAAGCAGGGAGACUGCUGAGGUGUCUUUACUUUGAAGUAUACCCUCUUUGGCGGCUCUAGUGACCCCCGUUUGCGGCCUUGUUUCCGGAGCAACCCACGAAUCAUAAAGGUGGCACAUAGUGCGUCCAGAAAAUGCACACGCACCACCUUGAAUGUCUAGCAACCCAAGUGAACUUGCAAGUGGCGACGGAAGUGCAGAGUGGGGCACCAGAAAUGUGCGCGUUGCAAGCCGGUUGCCGUUCUGCGGAAAACGAUGAGAAAUACGAGCUAGCCGGGAGACCGUCAGACGUUACCCGCGUACGAGAGAAAUCGCAUUUUUAGGAGGCGCCAUUUCGUAUCUCUCGUCUUAGGCUAAUAAUUUCUAUAAUUCUUAAUGCACGACGCUUGCCUCACGAAUAUUUGGCUACGGCUUUCUAAGUCUGCUUGUACGAAUUUAACGAGGUACGAGCAAUUUCCAGUUUGGACCGGCCCACACUUCGCGAUUUCGUGGGUUGUAUAAUUUCUUUGGGACCUAUUCUGUUUUUGUGAAUAAUGGAGGAACUAAAGAAAAUGAGUUGGUGCACGUUUAACAUUUGGAAGUGCUGUUCAUGUCUACCGAUUUUAUGCCAACUUUGCGUGGAGUGACUGAAAAACCAGCAGUGGUUUGAGUAAAUGCAAAGAUAGUCAUCUAAGUUUUUAAAUGCUAUUAAAAGUCGGGGGUGGUUUAUUUUAUACAAACUCUACUGAUAAAAUACAUUUGGUGUGCCAGCAUAAUUUAUGUAAAUAACAUAUACUAGUAAUUUUUAUUUUAAGAUAUCUGUCGGCUAGAGUAGCAUCAACUGCCAUUACCACCUGUAUUGCAAAUAUCGGUGUAAAGUUUUUUUAAUGUUUGCUUUAUAUGCAGCAACUGCACGUUUACUAGCAAACGUUGGGGUCACAAAAGGUAGGAUUGAACCCUUUCCGUGCUAUCGAUAGCCUCGUUAAACUUUCUGGGUACAAUUUUUGGCUAGUUUUUUGUUCGCACUCAUUUUUCGUGCCCCCGUCUGCAUUUUAUGGCCACAUAGUGAUAGUCUUUGAACUCUAAACCUUAAUCUUCACAAGACGUUUUUAAGUCGCUCAAACAGGUACGAGUCAUGACAGUGUUCCUUUUGGGCCAAAUUCCUUGGAAGCUACGACUUAAUUAUUCAGCAAUCUGGCGUCUACUCCGCCAGAUUGCUGAAUAGGUUGCUGAAUGUUGCUGCUGGUCUCAUUGAACUACGGAACUCUCGUUUACACUUCCCCAUCUCGCGUCUUAGCAUAAAAGAAGCAAAGAAAUGUUCGACACAAAGGCGUGCAAACCCGCGCACCAAGGCGAAGUGUCAAAGGCCACAAGAUGUACAGUUCGAACGUUUAUGACAAUUUUUUUCCUUCGGUCACAUAGUUUGUAUAUAACCACCGCCGUCUCGCACGUCUCCGAACGCCAAAUCGUUUUGCCUGGCUCGAGAGCGAUUCGGCGGGACGUCGGUGUCGUCCCACGAGUUUGUCGGAUGUUUGGUCGGUGCCGGCGUCCAAGUGCGUGGAGGGCGGCGUUGUCCGGACGUAGAGCAGCGUUGACUGUAAACAGCUUUCCAAAGAUACACGUUCAUGUAGCUGCUGCAUUACAAUCACGCUCGUCGCUGGCCGCAAGUUCGGCGGCCUUUGUAAGAUGUUGCCAACGCUUUUGCCAAUGGUCUGCCGCACCUGCUGGAGGCGUUCGAAAAAGAUGCCCUACCGUUCUCUUCUCGUCAGCGACAACUGCGGCCACAACUGUUUUUCUUGUAGUUGUCGCCGUCGUCGCGCGAACGCCGCAGCUCGUGCAUGGGUCAAGAUCGUUUGCGGAUUGUUUAUGAGAGCGGUCGUGUUUCUUGGCAGCAUCCCGAGGCACUGGAAGAGCACCCCAAUUGUGGGAUACUCCUUUGUUUUGUAAAAGCAACGCUUGUCGUUUCAACUAGUCGCAGUCGUUUUGUUACGCAUUUAUACCGCGCUCACUUUUUUGGUGAAUGAAAGGAGAGAAUUUU